AUGGGCAUCACUCUCAACUCGCACCACAGAUGGCAUGUGCCUCACCAACAUGCGCCAAAUAUCUUGACUUUGGCGAAUGCCACAGUCAUCGAUGGACCAACACUGGUCCAGCGCUCGUCCGAAUCGUCGGCCACGUCGACCUGCAAGACCGGAGACAACACAGGAACCUGUCAGAAGCCGACGACUGCCGGAAACACAACUAGCAUCAUCAUUGGUGUCGCCGUAGCAGUGCCUGUAGUCGUUGCCGCUCUCGUCCUCUUCUUCUUGCAUAGACGCGUCAAGCGAAAGCACGCCCAAGAAGAUCGUGACGACAAGUACAAGUCUCUCGACUUCGGCUUGGAUAAUGUACCCUCCAAGGGCAGAGGUCCCAAGGGUGUGCCCGAAAUGACCAUCACCGACAUGGAGAAGUCGACACAGAACAUCAUGCACAAGGGCGGUCUCUCGCUCGACAUGAACACUCCCUACCUGCUGCCCGCUGCUGUCAACAGCUCGUCCUCAUCGCUUCGUUCCAUGUCUCGCUCCCUCACAGAUGGCGAAGAUCCUUACCGCCCUGUCACAAUGGCCAGCACUCGCUCAGACUCUGUGCCUGCCCGCUCAUCAUCACGACCCCAGCCUGGAAACGCUUCCGUUUACACCGACUACAGCGAACGCUCCGAAAACCUCAAUGCCGGUCUCUUGUCCAACGCCCAGCGCAUGUCUCGUUCUGACCCCUUCAUGGACCAAUCUCCUGACAGCAUCCACUCGCCCGACUACCCUGCUCCUAGACAAAACUCGCACCCUGCUCCUCCUCCGCCAGUUCAUGUCAACAACUCAUUUGCUGCAUCCGCUGCUCCUCGUACUAAGCCGGCCCCUCCAAAGCUCACUAUGCCCAACCCUGAUGUUUUCCAUGUUACUCCUCCUUCACCACCGGAACACCAGCGUGCUCCUGCACCACCUGCUCAUGUUACUCCCCCCUCGCCUCCUGUCCACCAACAACAGCCUGCUGCUGCUCGUUACCCCGUUGACGACUCUGGCUACGAUGGUCUGCAAGCUGCUGCUCCUGAUGCCCGCCGUGUAUCUGUCAUGGGUCUUCGUCCUCUUCCCCCGGAUCACCCUGACGACAACCCUGAACAACGUGCCAAUCGUAUCCGCUCAUUCUACAAGGAAUACUUCGACGACAGCAAGCCCAACCCUCAAGGACAGUACCAGAACGAGUACGAGGCCGACAUUUAUGCCGACUACAGCGCCUACAUGCACGAGGCUCCUCAAGCUCCUUUCGCCCAGCCCAUGGCUCGCCGUGCCAUGACUCCUCCUCCCCGCGUCGGUGGUGGCCGUGUCCGCAGCAACACUUCUUUCGGAUCAACAGGUCACAUCGCCAACCCUGCCUUCCGUCGUCCUCCUCAGCAGCCCAAGAAGCAGCUCCCUCCACCAAUCGCUCUGCACAACUUGCCUACUCCUUCUGCUCUGACCGACGAUAUGACUUUCACGCCCACUCUGUUUGCUCCUCCGGUUUCUUACCGUGACCGUCAAGCCGGCCGUACACCAGAUAGCCCCGCAAGGCCCUACAGUCCUGCCGUUCGUGCUUUCACGCCGCUCGCAACGAGCUUCGACGACCUCAGUGUGAUUCCCAGCGCACACGCUCUCCGCAAGUCUUCCACUUUCACAGCUCUGGACUUUGCUCCCCCGCCUCGUUUCCGCAACGAAGGCCCCGCAAGUGAUGCCGGCAGUAUUCGAAGCAACCGCAGCGGUAUCUCCAACGUCCAGCAAAAUGCCAUCCGCGCCGGUGCUUACCGCGUCAGCCGUCUGCCCGGUGACAUGGUUGGCACACAAAGCGAUCUCAACGCAGCCCUCAAGCCCGCCUGGGACAUGAACCGCUAG